AUGGCGCCGUAUCAAGGUCAUUGUAACUGUGGCUCGGUGAAGGUCACAGUCAACAAGAAGCCGGAUAACAUCGUCAUCUGUCAUUGUUCAAACUGCAAACGAGCUGGUGGCCCCUUCUCCAUGAACCUAUUUGUCGACGAUGGUGAAUGGGAGAUCGAUGAUAGCCAAAACACGCUCAAAGAAUACCAGGACUCAAACACUGAUUCUGGAAACACCAUUCAGCGAUGUUUUUGCGGAAAGUGUGGAAGUCCUGUCAAGACCACAACAAAGGCGAUUCCGGGCAAAGCUCUCAUUAAGGCGUCGUUGUUUGAUGACAUCCCAACGGAGAAGAGGGAAGUGUACGGACAGAAGGCAAUCAACUGGGCGUAG